ACGAAUGUAGUCAUUUGUCUGCAUUUAGGUUUCAAGUAAAUAUUUGUAGGCGACAUGAUAUUUUCAAAAUAAACUAAAUUUUAUAAUGAAUUGGCGCUAUUUUUUGACAAGCAGGAACUAAAGUUUCGUUUUUCCGAAACCAGACCGGACAACUGAAGAAGUGACACAGAAGCGGCCGUUAGAAAGUGGAGCUCGGUACCCACCGCAGCUUUUCGGAAAGUUGUCUGAAUUUGUAAAAGCUGAAAAAAUAUUCUUAAGUGCAUAGAAAUGGCUACUGACUCUUGGGCAUUGUCUGUUGAUCAACAGGAAGCAAUAACCAAAACAUUUGAUGUGCUGCGGAUGAGAGAAAGAGUCGUCCCGAACACUAAAGCGAAAGAAACAGCAAAACCUACGGACAGCGACAAAUCAGAUGAAGAAGAAAAAGAGGACAGAGCUGCACAGUCUCUUCUUAAUAAAUUAAUCAGAAACAGCCUCGUCAACAACACGAACCAGGUGGAGGUGCUGCAGAGAGACCCAAAUUCACCACUCUACUCAGUCAAGACCUUUGAAGAACUGCAUCUAAAACCUCAGUUGCUGCAGGGAGUCUAUGGAAUGGGCUUCAACAGACCUUCAAAAAUCCAGGAGACUGCACUACCGAUGAUGCUGGCAGAACCACCUCAGAACCUGAUCGCUCAGUCUCAGUCCGGCACGGGGAAAACUGCCGCUUUUGUACUGGCCAUGCUGAGCCAUGUCGACCCUGCGAACAAGUGGACACAGUGUCUGUGCGUCUCUCCAACCUAUGAGCUCGCCCUACAAAUCGGUAAAGUUGUGGAGCAGAUGGGAAAGUUCUACCCUGAGGUGAAACUGGCAUACGCCAUUCGAGGCAAUAGAAUGGAGGGAGGGAGUAAAAUCCAGGAGCAGAUCGUGAUCGGCACCCCAGGCACCAUGUCUGACUGGUUAACCAAAAAAAAAGUGAUAGACCCCAAGAAGAUUCAGGUGUUUGUACUAGACGAGGCUGACGUCAUGAUCUCCAUGCAGGGCCACCAAGAUCAGAGCAUCCGCAUCCAGAGGAAGCUGCCCAAAGACUGUCAAAUGCUGCUUUUCUCUGCAACCUUUGAGGACUCGGUGUGGCAGUUUGCCGAGCGCAUCAUCCCCGAUCCCAACAUCAUCCGACUGAAGCGAGAGGAGGAGACCCUCGACACCAUCAAGCAGUAUUACGUGCUCUGCAGAAACACACAGGACAAGUUCGACGCGCUGUGUAACGUCUACGGCGCAAUCACCAUCGCGCAGGCCAUGAUCUUUUGCCAUACUCGCAGGACAUCAGCCUGGCUGGCAGGAAAGAUGGCAGCAGAGGGUCAUCAGGUGGCGCUGCUGAGCGGAGAAUUAUCAGUCGAACAAAGAGCAGCUGUCAUUGAGCGCUUCAGAGAAGGCAAAGAGAAAGUGCUGAUAACCACUAACGUGUGCGCCAGAGGUAUCGACGUAGAGCAGGUUUCUGUGGUGAUCAACUUUGACCUCCCCCUGGACAAAGACGGCAACCCGGACAACGAGACCUACCUGCACAGGAUCGGCAGGACGGGACGCUUCGGCAAGCGAGGCCUGGCCAUCAACAUGGUGGCCAGCGAGCAGAGCAUGGCCGUGCUCCGAGCCAUCGAGGAACACUUCAAUCGGAAAAUAGUGAAGCUGGACACCGAGGACCUCGACGAAAUUGAAAAGAUUUCCCACUGAGCUGAUGAAGAAGAGUAAACACUCUAUAUAACAAUGUAACACUAAGAUUUAUACAGUGUUCUCUUAUCACAUUGGAGUUAUCUGACUUGAACUUAUCGCUGUUUACUCUGAGCUAACGGUAUGUUUACAUUUACACUCGCGUUGCCUUAAAAGCAUUUUAAAAUGUAGCCUUUGCCACAAAAGACUAUCCUUAACUGAUCGUGAAGAAGUUUGAGGUUGGGGUUUUUUGGUUGUUUGAUGCACUUUGUUUGCAGUAACAGAUCAGUGACGCUGCUCAGUAUAUUAAGCUAAUUAAGUAGAGGGUUUUUUUGGGUUUUUUUCCUUUGGCAGGGCUGAUUAAAUGCCACUGUUUUGUGUUCUAUUGUUUUCUACUGUGAACUGAACAUCAUCUGAGGUCUCUUAAAGGAUUCAACACGUUCUGAUGUGCUGCGGAAAGCACACGGAGCAUCAGUCCUAUCAAAAUGGAUACAGAUGUUGCUCUUUAACUGACAUUUUGAGGGUCGGAAUUUGAAGAAUGUGAAGCGCACCUUCCCAAAGACAUUCCGUGAUAUCUAAUAUUACUGAAGCACUCCUUAGAUGGAACGACUGUUAAAAAUGCAAUAGAGCAUUGAGCACUUGAAGAUUUUCAGCUGUUUUGGUGAAGUUUAUCCCUUGCGAUGAAAAGAGAAGCAAAAUGUGUGGGGGGGGGAUUGGACCCAAGACCCACCUGCUGGACCGGAUGAUGACUUUUUUGUGAGAAGGUUUUGUUUGUGUGUUUACUGACACAUUCCUGGAUGAUUAGGGAUAGUUACGUUUUGUGUCGUUUCUUGAAGAAGAAGAAGAAGAAGAAAUGGUUUAUGAAUAUUUUUGCUUUGUUACUUGAAUUAGUAUGCACUUUGGUUUGGUUUCUGAAUGCUGUGUUUGGAUUCGAGUGACCUUGGUUACUUUGGAGCACUUUGCAUUGUGUUUUGCUGGAUUCAGCUGUUUAGAGUUGUUUACUGAGAGUCAAUUAAAAAAAUAGCCUGCCUACUGAAA